AUGGCAGCAUGGUGGGCUGUGCUGGGGCUGUUGGCUGCCUGCGUGGCCAGUGCUGCGAAGGAAUCUGUGCUGAAUGUGUGCAUGGACGCCAAGCACCACAAAACCAAGCCAGGCCCGGAGGGGGCGCUGCAUGGCCAGUGUGCCCUGUGGAAAGACAACGCCUGCUGCACGGCUGAGACCAGCAUGGGGGCUCACCAGGACCAGUCCUACCUGUACAACUUCAACUGGGACCACUGUGGGGUGAUGCCAGAGAUGUGCAAGCGGCACUUCAUCCAGGACACGUGUCUGUAAGAGUGCUCGCCCAACCUGGGGCCCUGGAUCGACCAGGUGGAUAACAGCUGGCGCCGGGAGAGGAUCCUCAAUGUGCCGCUGUGCAAGGAGGACUGUGGGCUGUGGUGGGAGGCCUGCAAGGAUGCCGUUACCUGCAAGGAGAACUGGCAUAAGGGCUGGAACUGGACCUCAGGGACCAAUCAGUGCCCCCAUAGCUCCACGUGCCAGUUGUUCAAAUAUGUCUUCCCCCGGCCGGCAGACCUGUGUGAGAAGAUCUGGUCCAACUCGUACAAAUACACCACGGAGCACUGGGGCAGUGGGCGCUGCAUCCAGAUGUGGUUCGACCCUGCCAAUGGGAACCCCAACGUGGCUGUGGCCAAAUACUAUGCCCAGAACGGAGGAGACACCUCUCCUGCGCCGUGGGCUGGCCUGCUGCUGCUGCCGGCUGCUCUCCUGUUCCUGCUUUGA